ACUUUCGGUCAAGGCCAAGAGUGGGGGAAAUCGGGUUGCUGGGGCGGCACUCGGGCUGGAAUCCCUAGCUUCCCUAACCUCCUUUUUCCAGUCCGGAGUGAGCGGGGGCCCCAUCGCCCCACCCCCCUUUCCUGGCUCUGGUUACGGCCUUGCGAGUUGAACAAACUUGCUGCAGGCGGAUUGGCGGCUGGGAGCUCUCGGGCUGGGGCGUUGUAUUUAUUAAUUUAUAUUCCGCGGCGCCCCGCGCGGGCGGCUCCUUUGUGUCCAGCCGCCGCCACCGGAGCUCCGGGGGCCUCCGCGGGGAGCGCGUCCCCCGCGUCCGCCCGACCCCCGGGGCUGGCACGUGCUGCGCCCGGUCCGCCGAGGGGGAGGAGGCCCCGAUCUCCCCGACCCCCCUUCUCUGCUUAGAGGAGGAGGAGCAGCGGCAGCGGCAGCAGGAGGCGACAGCUGCCAGCCGAGGAGGCGCGGCAGAGAGGGGACUGCGGUCAGCUGCGUCCACUUGGGGCUGUGCGGCGGUCCCGCGCCCGGCGAUGUUCCCGGGCACUCCCUGAGUAGCGGCAGCUUGUCCCCCGCCCGCUAGCCCGCCCUGGUCCCCGGCUCGCUCGCUGGCUGGCGCGGCCCCGGCCCCGCUCUGCGUCGGCCCCGCCGCGGUGGAGGCGCGCGAGGGGGACGCGGCCGGGGAUGAGCGGAUUGCGGGUGAACUCGCCGCCCGGGGGCCCCGCGAAGCCGUGAGCCGCUGCUUUUCUCCGAGUCGCCGCCCUGCCCUUGGAUUUGAGAUCAUGUCCAUCCACAUCGUGGCGCUGGGGAACGAGGGGGACACAUUCCACCAGGACAACCGGCCGUCGGGGCUCAUCCGCACUUACCUGGGGAGAAGCCCUCUGGUCUCCGGGGACGAGAGCAGCUUGUUGCUGAACGCGGCCAGCACGGUCGCGCGUCCGGUGUUCACCGAGUAUCAGGCCAGUGCGUUUGGGAAUGUCAAGCUGGUGGUCCACGACUGUCCCGUCUGGGACAUAUUUGACAGUGAUUGGUACACUUCUCGAAAUCUAAUUGGGGGCGCUGACAUCAUUGUGAUCAAAUACAACGUUAAUGACAAGUUUUCAUUCCAUGAAGUAAAGGAUAAUUAUAUUCCAGUGAUAAAAAGAGCAUUAAAUUCAGUUCCAGUAAUUAUUGCUGCUGUUGGUACCAGACAAAAUGAAGAGUUACCUUGUACAUGCCCACUAUGUACCUCAGACAGAGGGAGCUGUGUUAGUACAACUGAAGGGAUCCAACUUGCAAAAGAACUAGGAGCGACCUAUCUUGAACUCCACAGCCUUGAUGACUUCUACAUAGGAAAGUAUUUUGGAGGAGUGUUGGAGUAUUUUAUGAUUCAAGCCUUAAAUCAGAAGACAAGUGAAAAAAUGAAGAAAAGAAAAAUGAGCAACUCGUUUCAUGGAAUUAGACCACCUCAACUUGAACAACCAGAAAAAAUGCCUGUCUUAAAGGCUGAAGCGUCACAUUAUAACUCUGACUUGAAUAACUUGCUGUUCUGCUGCCAGUGUGUGGACGUGGUAUUUUACAACCCCGAUUUAAAGGAAGUUGUAGAGGCCCACAAGAUCGUUCUCUGCGCUGUAAGCCAUGUUUUCAUGCUGCUUUUCAAUGUGAAGAGUCCCACUGACAUUCAGGAUUCCAGUAUCAUCCGAACUACCCAGGAUCUUUUUGCUAUAAACAGAGAUACUGCAUUUCCAGGUGCUAGCCAUGAAUCUUCAGGCAACCCACCAUUACGAGUCAUUGUUAAAGACGCCCUCUUCUGUUCUUGUUUAUCAGACAUCCUUCGCUUCAUUUAUUCAGGUGCUUUUCAGUGGGAAGAAUUGGAAGAAGAUAUCAGGAAGAAGUUGAAAGAUUCUGGGGAUGUUUCAAAUGUAAUCGAGAAAGUUAAAUGCAUUUUAAAAACACCAGGAAAGAUUAAUUGCCUAAGGAAUUGCAAAACCUAUCAAGCCAGAAAACCUCUGUGGUUUUAUAACACUUCCCUCAAGUUUUUCCUUAAUAAGCCGAUGCUUGCCGAUGUUGUCUUCGAAAUUCAAGGUACGACAGUGCCAGCCCACAGGGCCAUCCUGGUGGCCCGUUGUGAAGUGAUGGCAGCCAUGUUUAAUGGUAAUUACAUGGAAGCAAAGAGUGUCCUGAUUCCUGUUUAUGGUGUUUCCAAAGAGACUUUCUUGUCAUUUUUAGAAUACCUGUACACAGACUCCUGCUGCCCAGCUGGCAUAUUCCAGGCCAUGUGUCUCCUGAUCUGUGCCGAGAUGUACCAAGUGUCCAGACUGCAGCACAUCUGUGAGCUGUUCAUCAUUACCCAGCUGCAGAGCAUGCCAAGCAGGGAACUGGCAUCCAUGAACCUUGAUAUAGUUGACCUGCUUAAAAAGGCCAAGUUUCACCACUCUGAUUGCCUUUCAACCUGGCUACUUCAUUUCAUUGCUACUAACUACCUCAUCUUCAGUCAAAAGCCUGAAUUUCAGGAUCUUUCAGUGGAAGAACGCAGUUUUGUUGAAAAGCACAGAUGGCCGUCGAAUAUGUACUUGAAGCAGCUUGCGGAAUACAGGAAGUAUAUUCACUCCCGGAAAUGUCGUUGCUUAGUAAUGUAACCUGGAGCUUUUAUACACUACAUUUCUUUUUUAUUAUUGUGAAGAAUGGGAUACCUCCAGGUUCCAGUAAAAUUCUUCUGACCGAAACCAAUGUGGGUGUUAGAAAAAUUACCAUAUAGCUUAAUAUGUUUAUUAGUUCUCUUUGGAAAAAAACUACCAUUGUGGUCUUAAAAGGGAACAAAAUAUACCAUAGGCUAAAACUAAGGCUUUCACUCUAGAAUGCAAAGCUGUUUUGCAGCUGUUUUCCCUUAAAGAUGUCCUGUUGCUUUAGUGAUAUUUAGACCCCUCUCAGUUAAGAAAUGCUUAGAUUUAAAAAAAAAAUUAUGUAGGAUUAAUACAGAAAUUUAAUCAUGGCUGAUUAAUUGCUCUAUUAAAAUAAGGGGCAUUUAAAGACCCAGCAUAACCAUUCGUAUAAUGAGAAAUCUAGGGGAAAACCAAUCAGUCCAACAUGAGAUUUUAGGAAUAGAAAUUUGCCGGCCAUUUGGAAAGUGAAAUGCCACUUAGUUCUCAAUUGGUGACAGUGUUUGAAUCAUCAUAAAAAAAUACCUGCUUUUCAUCUGGACAACCCAAUUGAGCCACUUUAUCUCCUUUUGGCAAUCUGAGUAGGCGGGGAACCUAGGCAGGGCUGGCUUUCUUAGCAUGUAACUUGUGUAGCAGCACAGGGCCCACACUUAGAAGGACCCCGCACUUGGUUCAAGGCUCUGCUAUAGCGGAAAUUCUUAAUAAUGUUUGAAGAAGGGCCCCAUGAUUUCAUUUUGUGCUGAGCCCUCAAAAUUAUGUCUGUUUCGUGGUGGGAAAUAUCCUAUGUUUUCUUGCUCAAACAUCUUUCUCUCUGAAAGCAGAAAAAGGCACUGAUAUAAAGGGAAGAGAAGGAGGCUCACCGGAGGGAAGAGAACAUAGUGAAGAUUCCCGCCUUUGGGGAGGUCUGAACCACCCAGGGCCUCCACUGCCACCUCGGCUGGCAAGGGAGAAAUGUGUUGUGUUGUCUUAGCUUUAAAACAGUCACAGUUCUUGCUCUAUCAUAGAUGAACAAAUACUUUCUUGAUCAUUCUGUAAGACCAGGAGGUUGGUAAGAGUGACUAACCAGCCUAACUUUAAUAACACAUGUAUAAAGAUGUUCACAGAGAAAGAUGCUCUGUAGAGAAUUUGCUACCGAAGUUGGCUCAAGAAUUUGUUUUUAGUGUUAUUUACCAAGAUUAGGACGUCAGUGGCUUAAAUUCUUUGAAUUCUUUUCAAGGACUGCAAGAUUAUUUGAUAAAGAGUAGCAUGAAUCUUGUCCUCUAAUAUUACACAGUAAGUUCAAAGAAAGGAUAUAAGUCAAAGACUUGUUACGUAGAGGGAGAAUGGACUGGGAUAGAGGACAGAAUGAUAGUUUCUUUCUUUCAUAUCACAUGUAUAGAGAAAUAAUUAUAUCAGAAACUCACAAACCUAGACAUAGAAAAACAGAUUACUGUCUAUUGUCAGCAUCAUUUUCAUCUGUAAGUCACUACUGGAAUAUAUUUUUCUUUUAAUUUCCAGUGACUUUAGAAUACACACAGUUUUUCCGACUUUUCAAAAAUUUGAUUAAAUGGUUUUAUAGUAUAAUAUUGGGACCCCAUACCGUUAGCCCUUGUAUGUAUACCAACACUGCCAAAGUAAAACAUUAGGUCAGGCAUGGUGGCUCAGGCCUGUAAUCCCAGCAUUUUGGGAGGCUGAGGCAAGUGGAUAACUUGAGGUCACAAGUUCAAAACCAGCCUGGCCAAAACAGUGAAACCCCGUCUCUACUAAAAAUACAAAAUUAGCCAGGUGUGGUGGCGCACACCUGUAAUCCCAGCUACUCAGGAAGCUGAGGCAGGAAAAUCGCUUGAACCUGGGAGGUGGAAGUUGCAGUGAGCCGAGAUCGCACCACUGCACUCCAGCCUAGGUGACGAGCGAAACUCCAUCUCAAAAAAAAAAAAAAACCAAAGUGAAACAUUAAAAAUUCCCUAUAGAUAUAUUCCAGGAAAUAUUUUAAUUGGGCUGAUUUUAAUUAGGCUGUAUCAUUGAUGAUUACUGGAAUUGAUUUUAUGUCUUUUGUAUUUUAAUCACUUGAGUUAAUCAACCACUGGCAAAUCCCAUUUGACAAGGAUUAGCAUUGUAAAAAAUAGAUACUGUGGUAGAUUUCUAGAAAUUCAUUCACAUUUAAGACUUUUAAAAUGGAAUAAUAGCCUUUUGUUUUUCAUGAGCAUAUUCGCACCCCUAUAUGAAUUACAGCAUUUAAAGUUCAAAAUCAGUAACUUUUAAUCUAGGAAAUUGAAAAAUAUAAGUUGCAAAGCAAAAAAAGGUAUUUUCUUGAAAAUACUAUUUAAUGUUUAACUAGACUAUAGGUAGUUCCUUAAGGUUGUUUGACCUGAAGUGGAGUUGGGUUUGGAAGCUGGUGCCCAGUUGGUGUGGAGUGUGUAGUUUUGUUAUGAAAGUUCUCUACCACCUACCUGUGUGAGUGACACCAACAUCCAGAUGUCACAGCUCUCCAGAGCUAGUCAGAAGAGAAAUCAAAUUAGUGUUUAAACCCAUUUGCAUAUUGACUUGUCAGUACCUUUAACUCAAUUUAAUAUAACAAGAAAUCGUAAAAUACUUAUAACCUAUCUUAGAGAAAUGAGUGCUGGUUUUGAGAGUUGUUUUUUAACUGAAAGAUUAUUUCUAGAUGGGUAGUGCUUUGUGCUGGUUUCUGCUUCCAUAUAUUUCCCAGUCAUUUUAAUUAGAGAAGAUACUGUAUGGUAGAACUAAGGCCUUUCCUUUCUUGGCCAAAGUCUUUACUCUAUUUAACCCUUUGUAUAUUUCUGACUGCUCACUGUUCAUAUUAUAGGAGACCAGAUUUGUAAUAUAGAACUCUCCAUAACAUGAAUGAAAUUAAUUCUGUCCAAGCCAGCAUGGUGGCUUCAUAUUAAGUAGUAACAGAAGUCUGAACAAUUGGAUAAAUUUGACUUCCAAGACAGCUAAACUUUUCAACUGCAAUUUUAAAAACUACACUACACUGUUAUAGUUAAUCUGACAAAAAUGUCCUCAAAGAGUACUUUAUUUUAUUUAAAGCAUCUGUUUAAUUCAACCUUUAAUAAUUUUGCAAAGAAGGGUAUGUGCGUAUUUUAAUAUAGCCUGACCUGAAUUUAUAUGUUUUUAGCUUUAGUAUUUAACUUUUUGUAACAAAUAAACCUUUUUUAAAACAAGUUUAACAAA